CUGGAAAUAGGCUAAGAAAUUAAAUUCGUCAAGCAGUCAAGCUUGAAAAUUAAAAAAAAAAAAGGCAGUUGGGACGCACUGGUGCGUACGCUGUAUAUGUAAAAUCUACUUUUUGAAAGAUAUUUUGGAAAUGGAAUGGAACAAAAUCUAAAUCUGCGUACCUGUAUUCUAUCAGAGAUGCUUUAAUUCAUCCCGUUGCUUACUCAACUCUUCUGAUUCUUCUUUUCUUAGCUUUAUCCAGCAUUUUCCAGGUUCAUAUUUGGAAUUGCAAACCAGGGAGUUUUUAUUGAUGGGGGCUAUUUUGAGUUUGGCAAGUAACAAGAGUACCACCAGCCAGUUUCAUGAGGUCUUAUGUGAUGCCAGCUGCAAGAGGCAAAGAUCCUUGAGCUUUGAUGAGAAGCGCCCAAGACUGAUUCCAAGUCUUCCAGAUGAGUUGUCAAUCCAGAUUCUUGCUAGAAUUCCCAGGACUUACUACUUCAAUCUAAGGUUGGUGUCACAAAAGUGGAAGGAAACUAUUAUGAGCCAUGAGCUGUUUAAAUUGAGAAAAGAACUUGGAUUGAAAGAAGAGUGGUUGUAUGUAUUGACUAAAGUUGAAGAGGAAUUUUCAUGGCAUGCUUUGGAUCCUUUGUCAAGAAAAUGGCAGAGGUUGCCUCCAAUGCCCAAUCUUUUAUCAGAAGAAUCUAGGAAUGGCUCUUCUGGGCUUUGGUUGUGGAACAUUGUGGGGCCACGCAUUAAAAUUCAUGAAAUUAUAAGGAGUUGGCUUGGGAAAAACCAUACAUCGGAUCAUAUGCCAUUUUGCGGUUGUGCCAUUGGUGCUGUUGAUGGCUGCCUCUAUGUUCUUGGAGGAUUUUUUAGAGCUUCAACCGUGAGUUGUGUCUGGCGAUAUGAUCCAAUCCUAAAUAGAUGGAGUGAGAUCACUCCCAUGUCUACAGGGAGGGCUUAUUGCAAGACUAGCAUUUUGAACAACAAGCUAUAUGUUGUUGGAGGGGUUACUCAGUUUCGAGGGGGAUUAGUUCCUCUGCAAUCUGCUGAAGUUUUUGAUCCUCACACAGAUACAUGGUCUGAAGUUCCAAGCAUGCCAUUCUCAAAAUCUCAACAGUUCCCCAAUGCCUUUUGGUCAGACUUGCUAAAGCCUAUUGCCACUGGGAUGACUUCAUACAUGGGAAGAUUAUGUGUGCCUCAAAGUCUAUACUCAUGGCCCUUCUUUGUUGAUGCUGGGGGAGAAAUUUAUGAUCCUGAAACCAAUUCGUGGGCUGAAAUGCCAACUGGCAUGGGAGAAGGUUGGCCUGCACGUCAGGCAGGUACAAAGUUGAGCAUUGUGGUAGAAGGUGAACUAUAUUCAUAUGAUCCCUCUAGUUCUCGAGACAGUGGUAAGAUCAAGGUGUAUGAUCACAGAGAAGAUGCUUGGAAAGUUGUUAUAGGAAAAGUUCCUUUUUAUGAUUCUGCAGAUUCAGAAACUCCACAUCUGCUUGCUGGUUUUCAUGGAAAGAUUCAUGUCAUCACAAAAGAUUCCAAUCAUAAAGUUGUAGUUAUGCAGGCUAGCCUUCGUGAUAAUUUGGACUCUUCACCAUUGAGCUCAGCUUCUCAUUUUGUUGGCUCCUCACAUGAGCAUUUUUCCUCACUGGCUGAAUCAGAAACAGUUGUCUGGAAGGUCGUUGCCAAUAGAAAUAUUGGAUCUGCUGAACUUGUCAGUUGUCAAGUUCUUGAUAUUUAAUAUUUCUUGAUAUCUAGUAUUAUGUUGAAUGGUAUCCGUUAGUGUUUAUUUAAGAUACUGAUGUCUCAGAACCUAUAAAAGCGACUAUAUGUUGGGAAGACUCAUUAUUUGGUGUUGGGAAAUCUUGAUGAUUUCUGUACACCAGUGUAAUAGUCUAUUCAAACUACCAGAUGAGGCAGCCACUGGGAUUUCACCAGUUAAAGGCAAAAGAUCAAGAAUAUCAUCAGCAGGUCCAUCAGGUGUCCUUAAUUCUAUGUGGCCUUUUUUAGCAUCUUUGGAUGCAUUUUUUCCCCUUCAUUCAAAAUUGCAUAUGCUGCUGAUUUUCAAAUCUGGAGAGUUGGAAUGUCUGCAGUUUGAAGAUGAGCAAAGUGGGUCUUAUUUAUCCUAAUUGAUGAAGUAAUAUAUUAGUUCUGUAAUUAGAAAUUUAUUGUACCAAUAAUGUAGUUCUAUUUGAAGAUUCUGUGUAAUAAAUAUUAUAGUCUAUCCAAUUCGAAAAUAAAAUAAUGCAGAAAUCAGAUUUGAAAAUCAA